AUGGACAGAGAUGAAGAAAACUACUACGGAAAACACGGUGAACCAAGGAAAUUUGACCCAAAGUUCAGAGGACCUAUUCAUAACAGGCACUGUACAGACGUUAUUUGCUGUGUGAUCUUCAUAGUUGUCAUUCUGGGUUACAUUGCAUUAGGAAUUGUGGCUUGGGUGCACGGUGACCCCAGGAAAGUGAUUUAUCCAACUGACAGCUAUGGGCAGUUCUGUGGUCAGAAAGAUACCCUCAAUGAGAACAAGACCAUUUUGUUUUACUUUAACAUUCUGAAAUGUGCCAGCCCCGUAGUGUUAAUAAACCUACAGUGCCCUACAACACAGCUUUGUGUCUCAAAGUGCCCAGACAGGUUUGCAACCUACAUUGACGUUCAGGCUUCCUACAGAUAUAAACCAGAUCAGUGGAAUUACUUCAGGCAGUUCUGCAAACCUGGCUUUAACAAUCCUCGCAAGUCUGUUGCUCAAGUCCUACGUGAUGAAGAUUGUCCUUCGAUGAUCAUUCCAAGCAGGCCUUUUCUUAAGAGAUGCUUCCCAGACUUCUCCACAAAGAAUGGUGUGCUAACCGUGGCAAAUCAGACUACGUUCAAAGAUGGAAGAGGGAAAACAAGAAAUGUAACUGAUCUCAGGGAAGCUGCAAACGGCAUCAAUAAUGUCCUGGAUGCAAGAUCAGUUGGAAUGAAAAUUUUUGAAGACUAUGCCAUUUCUUGGUAUUGGAUUUUAAUUGGGCUGUUCAUUGCAAUGGUUGUGAGUCUGCUCUUCCUUGUGUUAUUGAGGUUCACGGCUGGGGUUCUCUUCUGGAUUUUCAUCUUUGGUGUGAUUGGAAUUAUAGGUUAUGGCAUCUGGCAUUGUUACUGGGAAUAUGAUCACCUUAAAGGAAUACCUGGAUCUGACCUCACUGUUUACGAUAUUGGAUUCCAGACAGACUUCAGAGUGUACCUGCAACUGAGGCAAACAUGGUUAGCAUUUAGUAAGUGCCCUUGA